GAAGUCUUCCGUGUUGAGUGUAGAAGCAGGAGCGGUUGACAGCCCACUGGCGAGUGCCUGGGGCUGUGACCCCAGCUUUGCUGGGAUGUCAUCUCAAGGCCUCUCACAUUGAAGGGAGCCUGCUCUCAAUCAGCAAAAAACGAAAACUGCACACAUUCCAGGACAGAAACAGUCUCCGCCUGUCAAGAACCCCUCAGAAGCACUUGGCCAUGGAUGUAGAGGAGGAAGAAAAUAUGAGUUCCAGCAGCACUGAUGUUAAGGAAAAUCGCAAUUUGGACAACAUGCCCCCGAAGGACGGCAGCGCACCAGGGCCUAGCGAAGGUGCUCAGCUCUCCAACGGGGGUGGCGCUGGCACCAGCAGGAAGCGGCCCCUGGAGGAGGGCAGCAAUGGCCAUGCCAAGUACCGCCUGAAGAAACGGAGGAAAAUGCCUGGGCCCGUCUUGCCCAAGAAUGCCCUGAUGCAGCUGAAUGAAAUCAAGCCUGGCUUGCAGUACACGCUGCUGUCCCAGACAGGGCCUGUGCACGCACCACUGUUUGUCAUGUCAGUAGAAGUGAACGGGCAGGUCUUCGAGGGCUCCGGCCCCACCAAGAAGAAGGCCAAGCUUCAUGCUGCUGAGAAGGCACUGAGGUCUUUUGUCCAGUUUCCUAAUGCUUCUGAGGCCCAUCUGGCCAUGGGGAGGACUCUGUCUGUCAACACGGACUUCACGUCCGACCAGGCUGACUUCCCUGACACACUCUUCAAUGGCUUUGAGAACACGGACAAGUCAGAGCCACCCUUUUACAUGGGUUCCAAUGGGGAUGAUUCCUUCAGCUCCAGUGGGGAUCUCAGUCUGUCCGCAUCUCCGGUACCUGCCAACCUGGCACAGCCUCCCCUGCCGAUCCUGCCUCCAUUCCCACCCCCUAGUGGGAAGAACCCCGUGAUGAUCCUGAAUGAGCUGCGCCCAGGCCUCAAGUAUGACUUCCUCUCCGAGAGCGGUGAAAGCCAUGCCAAGAGCUUUGUCAUGUCUGUGGUCGUAGAUGGCCAGUUCUUUGAAGGCUCAGGGCGGAACAAGAAGCUCGCCAAGGCGCGGGCCGCUCAGUCUGCCCUGGCCACCGUUUUUAAUUUGCACUUGGAUCAGACUCCGUCCCGCCAGCCCAUUCCCAGUGAGGGCCUGCAGUUGCACUUACCACAGGUCUUGGCAGAUGCUGUCUCGCGCCUGGUCCUGGGUAAGUUUGGGGACCUGACCGACAACUUCUCCUCCCCUCAUGCUCGCAGAAAAGUGCUCGCUGGAGUCGUCAUGACGACAGGCACAGACGUGAAGGAUGCCAAAGUGAUAAGUGUCUCUACAGGAACGAAAUGUAUCAACGGUGAAUACAUGAGUGACCGUGGCCUUGCACUGAAUGACUGCCAUGCAGAAAUAAUAUCUCGAAGAUCUCUGCUGAGAUUUCUUUAUGCACAGCUUGAGCUUUACUUAAAUAGCAGAGAUGACCAGAAAAGAUCCAUCUUUGAGAAGUCAGAGCGCGGUGGGUUCAAGCUGAAGGAGAGUGUACAGUUCCAUCUGUACAUCAGCACCUCUCCCUGUGGAGAUGCCCGGAUCUUCUCGCCACAUGAGCCAGUGCUGGAAGAACCAGCAGAUAGACAUCCAAAUCGUAAAGCAAGAGGACAGCUACGGACAAAAAUAGAGUCAGGCGAGGGGACCAUCCCGGUGCGCUCAAAUGCGAGCAUCCAAACGUGGGAUGGUGUGCUGCAGGGGGAGAGGCUGCUUACCAUGUCCUGCAGUGACAAGAUUGCACGCUGGAACGUGGUGGGCAUCCAGGGCUCCCUGCUCAGCAUCUUCGUGGAGCCGAUUUACUUCUCGAGCAUCAUCCUGGGCAGCCUCUAUCAUGGGGACCACCUUUCCAGGGCCAUGUACCAGCGGAUCUCCAAUAUCGAAGACCUCCCGCCGCUGUACACACUCAACAAGCCUUUGCUCAGUGGCAUCAGCAAUGCGGAAGCACGGCAGCCAGGAAAGGCACCCAACUUUAGUGUCAAUUGGACGGUGGGCGACUCAGCCAUCGAGGUCAUCAAUGCCACGACGGGGAAGGACGAGCUGGGCCGUGCGUCUCGCCUGUGUAAGCACGCCUUGUACUGUCGCUGGAUGCGUGUGCACGGCAAGGUUCCCACCUACUUGCUGCGCUCUAAGAUCACUAAACCCAACAUCUACCAUGAGUCCAAACUGGCGGCUAAGGAGUACCAGGCAGCCAAGGCACGUCUGUUCACGGCCUUCAUCAAGGCGGGGCUGGGUGCCUGGGUGGAGAAACCCACGGAGCAGGACCAGUUCUCACUCACGCCCUGACCGUGGGCACGGAGCCUGGGAGUACAGGGGCUGCUGGGCUCCAGCAUCGUCGCCGGAACCUCCCGUCUGAACUGGGGGCAGGUGCAAACCUUGGGGCGGGCAUGGAGCACGGGAACCACUGGGUGUCCCGUCUGCGUCGGGGAAAGGUGCGCAGCUUGGGGAGGGCGUUGGGGCGUCAGCACCCAGCGUCACCACCCAGCAUCUCUCUGAGAACGCGGCAUUUCCCCUGUUGAAUUAUCCAGCAACUGCUUUUAACUCCGUUUACGUUUAGAAAUUGAGUUCUACUGAGUAGGGCUUCCUUACAUUUAGGAAAAUAGAAAUUACUUUGUGUGAAAUUCUUGAAAAAGUAAUUUAUUCAGAGCUAGAAAUAUGGUUUAUAAAAUAAGUAAUUACGUCACGUCACUUUUAUGCCACAGUAUUUUAAUUGCAAAGGAGCAUUUCUGUGUGAGGAGGGUGAGAAAGCAGAGGUGGGACAUAGUAGCCUGAAGAAAACCAGCCGCACAUCUGUGUCUGGCUUGGGCCCCCUUCUCCACAGCCACACCCACAGUUACUGCCACGCAGAGGCCUCCACAAGCCCCAGGAGCAGCCCCCGCAUGCCAUAGUGUGGCCCUGCCCCAUAGAGGGUCACGGCCCAGCCCUGUAGCCCUCAGCUUCCUCUAGAAGCGUUCGUGCUCCCUGUAGGAUCAGUUGUGGAAAACUUUCCUCAGUUUCCUUUCAAACAAUCAAAGAUACACAUGGCCAGAGCCCUGUGCGGCCAUUAGUUUGGGUUCGUAGCUCAGUAAGCACUGGGAAAUCCGCAGAGACACUGCACAGUGACAGCUGCAGUCCCCUCUGUCCUUCUCAGAAUCUAAGUGUCAGUGAUGGCCCAGAGACUUCACAGGAUGGAAAUAGAAUUAUUUAAGUAGAUAUUAAUCCUCAGAAAAAUGCCACAUAGGCAUAUUUUUAAAUUAUUCUUUCUAGCUUUAUCAGACAUUUUUGAAAAGUUAAGAGCCUUGGCUAGAGCUGGUGAGACAUGCCUUUGGUGCGUGCAGCCCGGACAUGACUGUGAUGGCAGGAAUUUGGGUGCCACUGGCUUCUGGGGGGAGCACGAAUGCGACUCAACACCCUAUGCCCAGGAUAGUGAGCCAGCCCAGGAAGUCGAGAGUGCCAGGGCCGUGGCACCCACAAUACAGCCCUGGCCUAAGCUCAGAGACUCACACCAGCUGCCUUGUUGCUUCCACUCAGGUUUAGGGAGGAGCCGAGAAAGCGCCCUUGGCCCUAGUGGCUCAGCACCCUCCUUCGCACCCUGGGGGUUGUACAGAAGUGGGUCUCGUGGGCCUCAGGGCAGAGAUAGCACAGACUCCACCCAGACCAUGAAUGCACAACAGAGUCCAAGGUGUUGGCACCUGUGGGCAUUGAGCUGUGUGUUUUGUGUUCUUCGUGGGCCCUGGAAAGUCAGAUUCCAGGAGGCCAGGCCUUGGAGGGGCAUGUGUGUCCACACUGAUGCCUCAUAGUGGCUCUGGUCCCUCAAGGCUUGUGCUUGCAUGGCAUAAAGAGGGUGCUAUGCUGAGUUCAGGGAUGCACCAGGAUCAGAGGGUGACAUCUGUGCACCAGCGUUUGCCUCCACUAAGUAGGUGUUCUCCCUGGCCCAUCAGGGUCUGGCCCGCCUACCACGUGGGGCGAGUGUGCUGGAGUGUACUUUGCACCCAGAGUGGAGGGGUCUGGUGGGAGCACAGCCCUCCCAGAGGUGGACCUCACAUUCUCUGAAGAGAUGUCUAAGAGUCUGCGUGUCUCUGUUCUUGUCUCCAGAAAUUGUAUUUUUCUAGUGGGGAUUGGGAGAUGCACUUAGUUUUUAGAAAUAUGUGGAUGUGGGUUACACAGUUCAGGGGGUGUAUACAGGGUGGGAACUUUGGAAAGUUUGUGGAGGAAAGGAGUCAGAAUGUGAGUUUAUUUUGGUGCAGAAAAUUUUGAAGUCCAUGCGAAGUUUUUUAUGAUACGCAUUUUCUGUGAACUUUUUGAAGGCCCCGUGUUCCAUGUGCGUGUAAGCAGGUUGCUGGGCCACCCUCCGCAGGCCGCAGUGCAGUGUGUGGAGCUGGGCCGCCCUCCAUGAGCUGCAGCGCAGUGUGCGGGGCUGGGCCGUCCUCUGUGGGCCGCAGCACAGUGUGUAGAGCUGCUCUUCUCUGCACCCCUAAAAAGCAAUGCCUUACUGUGGGGUGGACCGAGACUGCUGCCUGCAACCGGGUGCCUUUCCUGUUGGACUCGAUGGCCUUGAGGGCAAGUGUGGUCCAGCACAGGCUCACUACCUUGAGCAGGUGGGUGUGGGCCUGAUGGGAGGAAGCAAGGCAGCCCAAGGCCCAAGGCUCGGGAGUCCUGAGCAGAUGGGGCAGGAGGGUGCAGCAGCCACUCCCCGGGCCAGAUGAGAGGCCCUGCACCUCCCUGUCCCAGGGACAGGAUGACCUGAACAGCCGUCUGUAACCAAAGCCAGUCAGGAAUGCUGAUCCCAAGACCAACCAGGACACGGACACUUGGAGGCUGCCCCUUGGAAACACUCUCGGCACCUUGUUCUGUCCCUAAGGCACUGAAGGCUGCUGCGAGCUAGCCGGGUGAUGGAGACUUAGUAGAAAAGGUGACUACCGAGAGCUUGGUCUCUUGAGAACAAUCUUCAGUUCUGAGGACAUUUUGACAAGUGGAGAUGGGAGGGCCUCUGUUCUGUUCUGUUAGCUAAACCUGGAGUGUCAGUUCCAUACAGACAUUGUCCCUUGGAACCCACUCAGGGUGGGCUCCACCAGGGGCAGCCAUCCAGCCAUUCGUCUCCAGCCAGGAGUUGUAAGUGGUGAUGGGAGCCGGGUCCUUCCAGGGCAGAUCAGGGCCCAGGCAUAGUGACAGUCAGGGUGGUUAACGUGUCCGCCUUCAGCCCUGACCACCUGCUCAGAUGUCAGAGGGUCACCAAAGAACUGCAGUCCUGAUCCAAGUCUUAAUGUAACUUUUCACCAUCUUUUCCUUUUCCUCGUUGAGAUUUUUUUUUUUGUAAUUAAAAACAACUAUUUUAUUUUAAAAUGUAUGAGCCAACAUCUCAAGAGGCAUUGAUUUCUCUGGAAUUUAUUUUUAUUCAGAUUAUUUAGCUCCAGGCUAUAGAAUCACUGCUUUCUUUAGGAAGGCAUUGUUUCCGUAAUUUCAGGCAAGUGUUUGAGUUGCUGGGCGGCUCUGUCUUCCCAGUGAGCACAGGGUGUGGAAUUAGCAAAACUAGGAAGACUGCACACACCCUUCCCCACUUUUCUCACAAGUAAACAUAUAGAUGCAACACAAAUGGAUCAUGGAUCUUUUUCAUGUUUAAAGUGUUAUUCACCAGAAAUACAAGGCCCGUCCCCAUCACAACUUCGAUCCAGUAGGAGAAAUAACAUUGCUAUCUCAUCUCUAAAUUCUAUGAAAUUAGAGAUGCUCUAAAGAUUCCUUUUUAAUAAGCCCAAACUAUAAUGGAAAGGACAGCGUGUGUGUGUUCGGUGUGUGUACAGCCUGUACGUGUCCUUGUCCACUAACAUGUCAUGUGGCAGUCUGCCCAAGUGGGGGGUGGGAUGCACCUAACACCAUGGCAUUGAACCUCUUGGUGCCAUCCAUGCCAGAGUUCUGGUCUGGACAUGGCGCCAGGAAAUGGAAUUAAGGAAACCUCUGACGUGCCAGGUCUGGGGUGGGUCGAGAUGGAUGGUGAGUCUGGGCUCAGUCAUGACUUGGUUGUGAAGAUGCGUUGGCUUUUUUAGUUCCAUGUGAACAUUCCUCCUGUUCUGGCAGCAUCGGCUGCACGUCCUUGUUUACUGUUUAGAGGAACAAGCACCAAGCCCCGAGGACACUUUGGCCACAGCAUAAGCUGAUGGCACGUCAGGAACCAAUGGGCCAUUCUUCCAAACAUGGACACGAAUGAUCAAAAGCACAGUGUCUGGAAGGUGAAUGGAGUAAGCCUGUAAGCUGCUAGCUUUUCCAGGCUUUGGGUUAGAUGCUGUUAACUUGAUUUUAGAAUCUGGACCACGUAUGUGAAUGUAACUCCGCCGGGAAACGUGUUGCUGAGAUGCGCUCCUCAGUGUUCUCCGUGUGUACAUUCAUGUAUAUGCCACACCUUACGACCCGCAUGCGCUCCCUGUCGCUCCAGACCAACCAGAACUGAGCAUGAGAUGCUGUCAUAUAUAGACAAGGAUUUGAGAUGUUCUCAAUAAAAAUAAAAUGUUUCACUAU